GUUUCAUGUCUUUGCAUCAACCCUCAUUCGAAAUCUCACUUCUUCAUUUCUCCCAGGAACAAAGGACCUUUUUUUUUCUAUUUCUCUUUGACCCAAGAAAGGACGAAUAUCACCAUGGGAUCAUCCACAAUACUCAAGCUGACACACUUUCACCACUCGACCCAUGUCCAGGUUGAGGAUCUUCACCCAAGCACUAUCAUCGCUCGGUUCAUCAAGGAGUUCCCGGAGUGCUUAGACCCCUCGCCAGUCCUUCGGUGGCUCGACGGCGAUGGUGAGUGGAUCGAAAUCCGACCAGACGAUCUUGAUCUGGAGGAAGUUCUGAAGCAGGUCAUGGAAAGAGAUGGAAUAAUCCACAUUCAAUCUGGAGAUAUUACUGGGGUUUUUGAGCCCACAGACCUAGGAACGCUGAUGAAAAGAUACGAGAAGGUCAUGGAUCUGUUCGAUAAUUUGAGCCGCACAGUCGUCAAGCUCCCACCGAUCUCCAACAUCCUGAUCGUGACAAAGCCCGAUCGCAAGCUGACAAAGCUGACCAAGGAGCUCUCGAUCUGGCUACUCGAGAACUUUCCGGGAAUCACCGUCUAUGUCGACAGAAGGCUGCAGGAACAAUCUACCUUCAAGUACCAUAAAAUCCUGGAGCGUAACCCGGCGUGGAAGGACCGUCUGCAGUUCUGGACACUGGAAUGUCACAAGCAGUCAGGAAAGCUGAUCCAUCUGGCAAUUGCUCUCGGAGGCGACGGAACGGUGCUUUAUACGACGUGGAUGUUCCAGAAUCGAGUGCCGCCGAUUGUUGCUUUCCAUCUUGGAAGCCUGGGAUUCUUAACGAACUUUGACUUUAAACACUUUCGACCCAUCAUGACCAACAUCCUGCGCGGCGAAGGCAUGAACCUCAACAUCCGGAUGCGAUUACAGUGUUCUGUUUAUAAAUUCAGUGACAUUGCCGACAGCUUAUGCGACGGUACGAAAGCUCUCAGCCUUGACGAUACUGCUGCCACCAGUAGUGCAGAUGGGAACCUCGAAGCCGGAGCUUCCAGCGAAAGCGAGAAUGAAGACGACCAUCGGAGGGAAAUUGCAGAGUCUAAAACGCGGGUGAAGAUUAUCCGCCAAUUCAAGGAAAUGGACUCGAAAGGAGGGGCCGAGGUCGCGGAUCUGGGUGUCUGUCAUGAGCAAGGGCACACGCUGAUCAGAAGGUCACCAAAACCUUAUCCGGAGGAGUCUACGACGCCAACGGAUUCUUGGCAGGUAUUGAAUGAGGUCACGGUCGAUCGUGGCUCGAAUGCGGGGAUGUUGCAACUAGAGUUGUUUGUGGACGGUAGUCCGGUUACGACGAUCUUGGCGGACGGGCUGGUUAUUGCUACGGCGACGGGAUCGACCGCUUAUUCGCUGUCGAUCGGUGGCUCGUUGAUUCAUCCUGACAAGAAUUCGAUUAUCAUCUCGCCAAUUGCUCCGCACUCGUUGACAGCACGACCUAUGAUCAUCUCAGGCACUAAACGCCUUCGAGUGUGUGUGCCCGCAUCGAGCCGGACGACAGCAUGGGCAUCCUUUGAUGGAAGACACCGACAGGAACUCGGCCGUGGGGAUUCGGUCAUGAUCACAGCGUCCAAGUACCCGGCUACGACGAUCUGUAGGUUCGACCAGAGCAUCGAUUGGUUCACGGGAUUGUCUCAGGUCUUGAACUGGAAUAGUCGUGUCCAGCAGAAACCAUUGGAUUCGCACCUGUGAGCUAGUUAAAGAAGAAGAAGGAGGAGGAGGAGAAAGAUCGAUCGUAGAAGUAACCAGGCGCAACAGCGGCAAUGGAGGUCGCAUUACAUAAAGAAUGAACUUGUAAUUAAAAAGAUAUACUCAAAACCUAUUCAUGAAGGGCAACCAUCUUUUUUUUUUUUUUUUUUUUUUUUUUUUUUUUU